AUACGGCGCGGGCCCCUCAUCCCGGGGCGCCGGCGACCAUGGAGUGAUGGACGAAGCUUGGAGCUGUGACCGCUGCACCUUGAUUAACAGCCUUUCCUCGACCACCUGUGUAGCCUGCGGAUGGCAAUGUGCUGUGCCUGCACCAGCUCCCACGCCCACAGCUGCGGAGUGCGAAAGGGCAGUAGAGCAAAUUUGGAAUUUGGGCUCGUUGAAGGCCUUGUUGACACUGGUCACCAACAUCCUGGACCACCCAGGUGAAGCCAAGUACCUGGGUCCCAUCAAGAAGUCCAACAGUCGCAUCAAUGGCUCCAUCGUUCAGGUCUCGGGCGCCGCCCAGGUCCUGCACCUCGCCGGCUUCCGCGAGGACGCCGAAGCCUUCGCGUCGGCGGGCGACGUGGUGCGGCUGCGGCGCGUGCAGCACGCACUGCGGAAGCAGCAGGAGGUGGUGCAAAACUCGCAUGGCUACAAAGAAGGAGCCGUGUUAUCUUCCAAGCCCCGUUUCGAUGAGAACCUGCUGCGUGAGAUCCAUGCGGAAGCCCAACACCAGGCCACGCUCCGCGGUGCGCCCGCCGCCCCCGCUACGGCCCCCGGCCACGACGGAAGCGCGGCCCCGACCGCGGCAACCUCUCCGGCCGCGCUGCGGCUGCGGCUGCGCAUCCCGGUGGGCGGCUCCGUGGAGAUGAAGAUCCCGAGCGAGACGAAAGUCCAGGCCUUCCAGGAGGAGGUCUUGCGCCUCACCGGCGUCAAGGCACAUCACCAGCGCCUGCGCUUCGGCUUCCCGAGCUCCAAGAUCCUCAAGGAUGACGCCCGCUCCGCCAGUCUUAAGGAGGUGGGCUUGCAAGACGGCGAGUUGUUGAUUCUGGAGGAUCUCCACGACCUGUUCCUCGGGAACUUGGAAAGUGGCCAGUUCACCAUGGAAGAGAUGCUUGACAAGGUCCCGCCCUCCCCAGAGGACGGAGAGGAUUGUACGGUGACGCUCUUCCUGGAUGUCUUAUCCGCCUUCGAGAUCGAGAGCCAUUCGCUGGACUUCUGGCAUGCCAUUCGUCAGCGGCUGCGGGAGUACUUCGCAGAGGACCAGGUCGGCGAGAUGACCAAGGUUUCGGCUGGCCUCAAGAAGCUGCAGCAGCUGUUUCGACACCACGACACGCGGCAGCGCAUGCAGCUGAUCUUGGGGUCCUUGCCCAUUCGCUGGAAGCUCCACCAGAGCAACAAGUUGGUGAUCCAGCGAAGCUCUUUCUUCGAGUCGGUGGCCAGACAAGUCCACUCAAUGAACCGUCGUACGAUGCUCACACGUCUCCACAUCAGCUACCAGGGAGAGAAGGGCGUGGACGCCGGGGGCCUCACGCGCGACUUCUUCGCCAGCUUCGCGCGGCACAUGGCCGAGGAAGCGUGGCUUUGGCGCAGCACGGGGCGCGGCUCCCUGCACCCGACGUCCCUGGGAGCAGGGAGGAGACAGGGCAAUGCCAAGUAUGGUGGCGAGGGCGGCGCUGGACAGAUGUAUCAGGUCUGUGGCCGUGUCUUCGCCAUGGCGCUCCUGCACGGAUGCAAAUUGGGACGCCCGCUGAGCCGGCCCUUCAUGCGCCUCUUGUUGCAUGUCAGGCCCAGCAGCUUGCAGGAGUUGCAGGCAGAGUUAAACUACGAGGCAGGGGAGCAAGUGGACUUCCGGUGCCGGAAGGAUUUUCUGGAGACGCCUUUGGCAGACUUGGGGCUGGAUGGCAUGCUCAACUUCUCACACGAGGGCCAGGAGUUCAUCCCAGGCGGAGCUCAGAUCGAGGUCACCGAUGAGAAUAAGGAGCAAUGGCUUUGGCAUUCCUUGCAGCAGGAGCUCUUCAGCCCAGAGGCUGAGCGAGCGGCGGACGACUUCCGACAGGGCUUGAUUCAUGUGCUCGGCGGGCGGGGGCCGAGUCUUUGCCCAUUGUUGUUUCUGUUCGCUCCGGAAGAUCUCAUUGACUUGUGGGGCAGCGGUGCGUUGGGAAAGCGAGAACUCGCCUUGUGGAAGUCUGUGUGCUCCGUCAACAGCCGCAUCCAGCAACAAGCAGCUUGGUUUUGGCAGGUGCUGGAAGAAGAGUUCGAUGACGAGCUCCGCAGCAAGGUGCUCCAGUUCGCCACCGGCACCUCCUCCAUUGGCCGCGAUGGUCUGAGCGCCUUCCGCCUGGAGCCUGGCGACGGUGGCGACGGACGAUUGCCAACAGCAAUGACUUGUGGCAAUCUCCUUCAACUGCCGCGCUAUUCAAGUCGUCAAGUCCUCCGACAGCAGCUCCAAACCGCGGUGGAGUCCACUGGCUCCUUUGAGAUGCUUUGAGCCAAAAGGCCCAAAGGCAGCGCCUUUAAGCAGCCGGGUCUCGCCGUUCAAAACAGCAGAUAGCCGUGGCCAGUGGGUGCGAGAUCACGUAUACAAAGAUGUGUGGUGAUGGGUGGUCAAAGGUUGAGUGGUCAAAGGUG